CAGGAGUCAAUUUGUACUUUAAUAUUUCACAUGUUAAAUUGCCACUGUGAGGUGAUUAAGAGACUAAUUAAAGGGGGAGAGAGAUGAAAAAAUAAGAUUGUAAUAUAGCCAUGUAUCCACAAAUAUUCUUCUGCUAAGUGCUACUUAUGGGUCGGAUACGUUAAGAUAUCACACUCUGAAAUACAAUAAAGUAUUGCAAAGAUAGCUGGUGGUUAACUUUUACUGAACCAUUCUCACAGAUAUAUGUUCGUAGAUCCUUCUCUACUCAUGGAGGUUUUCGACACGUUUUUUGACAUCAUUUUCUAUAUUUAUCAAGUUAUUAAUAGCCCUUGUGAUGUCUUGAUGUUCUCAAUGGAUCUUCAGCACCACUGUCGCAGGUGUGGAGGCUUAUUCUGCAAUAGCUGUACCCAGCUAAGGAUGGUGUUACGUGGACAAGGUGACUCACCAUUGCGUAUUUGUGAACCCUGCAAAAAGUUAGAAGAGGCAGCACGAUUCAAAAUGCGGCAUGGGCAUAAAGCUAAAGCUGGAAAAGAUGGUUCCAAACUUGCAUCAAAUAAAGAGGAUGAAAUUUUGAAUCAGAUUCUGGCUAAUGAAGAUAUGCUUUCUGGUCCACAACUGACAGGCAGCGCGUCAUGUUCGAAUGUUAAGGAAACAUCCACUGCGAAUGGAGGAGAUAUAGGUAGAAGUAUUUCUUUUGAUCAGCCUGCUCAAGCUUUAGCAGAAGUGGUAUCUGCUACUCCUGAAGACUUGCGUCAACAAGCCCUGGUUGAAAAAAAGAGAUACAGAACUUUGAAAGCAGGAGGAAAAUCUGAAGAAGCCUUAAGAUUUUUUAAACAGGGAAAGGAUCUUGAAAGACAGGCCGGAGCUUUGGAGUUAUCUCUGAAAAAAAGACGUAGAAUGGUUUCCUCUUCCAGUUCUAUGAAUGAAAUUCAGCAAAUUAAAGAUGAUUCUACAUCAACUGGUGAGAAUAAUAAGCUCCCCAUUCGGAAGAGCAAAGAAAAGGAUGAUCUUGCUUCCGAACUCAAAGAAUUGGGAUGCUCAGAUGUCGACCUUCUUGAUGGUGAAAGGGGGCAAGCAGUGAUGAGUUCGGAGGGUGAGUUUUCCUCACUUCUUGAAGAAAUAUCUCAAAAUCCUAGUACGGAGAAGGGAGUUGUUGGCACUGAUAAGUCUAAGGUCAUUGCUCAUAAGAAGUUGGCUCUCGAGCUGAAGCGUGGAGGGAAACUUGCUGAGGCCAAAGAAGAAUUAAAGAGAGCGAAAAUUCUUGAAAGGAAAAUUGAGGAAGAGGAAUUUUUGGGUGAGGCCAAGGAUUCUGAUGAUGAACUUUCUGCGUUGAUAUGUAGCAUGGAUGAUAAUAAGCAUGAUGAUUUGUCGGCACAGUUUAAACACAAUAUUAAUUUUGAUUUUGAUAACUUAGUUGGCAUUGCUGAUGAUGUUGGUGUAGAUGGCAUAUUUGAGGUGAAAGCUGAGGACAUGGGCGAUCCAGAGAUUGCUUUGGCCUUGAAAUCAUUAGGCUGGACUGAGGACCCUACUUAUUCAGAAGAUUCUGGUAUUGAGGUUGUACCUAUUAAAAGGGAAUCAUUAUUAACCGAGAUCCAAUCUCUGAAAAGAGAAGCUCUGAAUCAGAAAAAGGUGGGAAAUACUAGGGAGGCAUUGGCACUGUUAAAGAAGGCAAAAGUACUUGAAAUGGAACUUCAGAGUUCUGAUUCUCAUGGAACUGAUUCAAUGGGUCAGGAGUACGCAGAACUUCAGAAAGUUUCAAUCUCCCAAUCUGCGGACAGACCUUUCAUUCCUAUCAAGGUGGGUGUUGAAAAUGUAAAUGACAGGAAAGAUACAGGCUGAAAAUCAUCACCAAAGAGUAAAUUGAUGAUCCAGAAAG